AUGGCUGACACACCAAAGAUCCGUCAAUUACGUUCCUAUCUUAAUUUAAAGGCCAAAGUCGCAGUCUCGGAUGGGCGUAUAUUCUUUGGGACAUUUGUAUGUAUUGACAAAUACAAGAAUAUGAUACUAGCGCAUACAGACGAAUAUCGAGAUGAUGAAAAGAGAUUUGUGGGCUUGGUCAUGAUUCCAGGAAAACAUCUUGUCAAGGCGGAGAUCGAAGAUUUGGAU